CUUCUUCUUCAACUUUUUUAAAAAAGAAAACAAGUUUAUUUUAAUUUUUCCUAAUGACUGGAUUAACUGCUCAUUCUAUUUCAAGUUGUUUAAAUAAAUCGCUGACAUUUUGUUUCUAUAUUUCUGGUCAUGGUUGGGGACAUGCAACUCGUGCCAAUCAAAUUAUAAUAGAUAUUUUAAAUUUACCAGCCAAACAUAAAGUCUAUGUUAUUUCAACAGCAUCAGACUUUAUAUUUCAAGGUGUUAUUCAAGUAGGAGCUAUGUAUCGACAUGCAGAUAUUGAUGCUGGAGUAGUUCAACCAUUACCUUACACUGUUGACCGUCAACAAACAAUUAAAAAUUUAAAAUCAUUUUUGAAUAGGAGAACAAGUAUUAUAGAAAAUGAAGUAAGAUGGUUACAAAGUGUACAUGCUGAUUGUGUUAUAUGUGAUGCACCUUUCUUACCUUGUGCAGCAGCCAAUAAAGCUAAUAUCCCAGCUGUAAUUUCUAGUAAUUUUACAUUUGAUGAAGUUUAUUUAGGAUUACGUGAAGGAGAUAUGUUGGAUAAUGAAAUACAAAAUAUGGUGCAACAAAUUAUAGCCGAUUAUCGAUAUGCAGAUCUCUUAAUUCGAUUACCGGGUGCAAUUCGUAUCCCUUCAUUUGACAAUACAUCAGCGAUUGUGCCUACUCAAAAAAGAAAGGGAAUAACUCAGUUGCCUUGUACAACUAUCUCAAAUAUUCAGUCAAAUUCAUUUGUACGACAAAUCAUUGAUGUCCCUCUCGUUUUCCGUAAAUUUAGACGACCGCGUGAAGAAGUAUUGGAGGAAAUGAAAAUUCCGAAAGAAAUUUACAAGUCGCAUAAAAUUCUACUUUUAUCAUUUGGUGGCCAAUUAUUGGGUCAAGAUGGUUGGGUAGGGAGGAAACAUCCAUUACCUUCUGGUUGGAUUUGUAUUGUAUGUGCUGCUCCUAAAUCAGUUCCUAUGCCAGAGAGAUUUUAUAGAGCUCCUAAGGAUGCUUAUGUACCUGACCUUACAAAUGCUUGUGAUGUAUUAUUAGGAAAAUUAGGUUAUGGGACUUGUUCUGAAUGUAUAGGUCAUCGUACACCCUUUGUAUAUGUACCUAGACCUCAAUUUAUUGAAGAACUGGGUCUAUUAAAAUUAAUGUCAGAUCAAGGUAGUGCCGUUGAAUUAUCUCGAGAAGAUUUUGAAGCUGGUCAUUGGGCUUCAGCUAUAGAACGUGCUUCACACAUGUCUGGUACAUGUAAGGAUCCUCAAUCAAAACUACCUCAUAAUGGAGGUGAGGUGGCUGCUCAAAGUAUAGAAUAUUUUGUAUCUGAAUGGAAUAUAUUUAAUAAGAAGAAAAUACAGCAACCAAAGAUGACAUUAACUGCUACUACCAAUGCAACUUCAUCAACAAUGACUUCACAGCCUAAUACUGUACUUUUUCGUACGUUAGCGUCAUAGAAACUAUUUUUUUUUUUUUUUUUUUU